AUGGUAUAUGCUUUUCAGGCAACAGCUCUUGUAAUUAUUGUGGUUUUUGGAAUCACUGGAAAUGGUUUGGUGAUCUGGAUUGCAGGGUUUAAGAUUAAGAAAACAACAAUCUCUUACCUCAGCCUCGCUGUGUCCAAGUUCCUCUUCUGUGCCUUUCUGCCAUUAUCACAAUUCUGUGAGUGGGUGAAAAAUAACCACAUGCUGAAGUCCAAUAGGCCAUUUAAGAUUAUGACAGCACUGAUAGCUGCUUUCUUCAUUUGCUGGAUGCCUUUCCAUUUUGUUUCCAUUUUGUUAACAGUAAAGCCAAAAUAUGCCAGUAUUGCCUUGAUUGGACAAAAAUUUGGACUCAUUCUUGCUAGUGCUAAAAGUUUUAUUAACCCAUUACUUUAUGCUUUUAUGAGAAAGGACUUGAAGAGGAAAUGUUAGGCACUUCUGUCUAAGACUGAAAACAAAUUUAAGGAGAAAGCCCAGAGUACAAAUAGAGUGACAGAUAUUACUGGAGACAACAUACUUUCAAGAAAAGUUCAUAUCGGCUUUUUUGAUACCACUACUGGAUGA